AUGACUUUGUGGGAACCGCCGGGUCUUAACCUGACCAAGUCUGAUUCCCAGCUCGAGGGAGGCGAGCAUGUUCUGGAGAAAGAGAUUCGAAGGGAAAGAUUUGAACUGCCGCGGGAGAAAAAGAUUAAGAGACUACGCAAAAAGGGGGAGCUUAUCAUGCACAGCAAGCUCGUUCUGAUGAUGAUAGUGGUGCUGAAUUUAGUGGAUUGUUGCCUCGUACUAGGCGAACUAAUUCUCGACAUCCACUAUAUAAAAGGACUUCGCGACAAGACGGAAGAGCGGUCACAACAGUUUGUCGACACGAUGGCAAAACGCUACCCUGAUGAACUAGGCAGCUACUCAACUGACCAACUGGACGAUUUAUACAAACACCUAUAUACGGCCGACUGCAGUUGGCCUCCUCGCGAGGACGUGACCUACUUGUCCAGAGAUAACGUAACGUUAAUCAACGGCACGUUUCAGUCUGACACUGACGCUGGUUUAAAUAGAACGCGUUUUAGUAGAAGUGAAAGUCAUCCACCUACCACGACAGCGAAAAACAUCCUUCACAACAUACCGGAAACUGUUUACGAGACAUCGCGACUCAGCCCCGAGGCCUCUAAAAUCCACACGGGCUCCCACAUGGGCUCCCACUCCGGCUUCCCCAGUAAGAUGUGGGAGGAUGUAGCGCACGGACUCCACAAGGCCAGCGUUUGUAUCCUCGGGGUUCUGUUCUUUGAGAGCAUCAUUAAGAUUAUUUGCAUGGGGAGAGAGUUUUUGUCAAAGAAACUAGAGGUGUUCGACGUUGUGGUGGUUAUGGUGUCGUUCGUGGUGGACUUGGUGCUCCUCAAGGGUCUCACCAGCAUGAAGGUCAAUGACGCCGUGCUCUUCCUCUCCCUUUUGUUGCCUUGGAGAGUGAUCCGACUCGUUAACAGUCUGAUAGUUGCGGUGCUAGACCAUGAGCACUUCCGGUUGAAGAUGCUGUACAAAGAAAAGAAGAUGAUCAAUGAAAAGAACACCGCCAAACGAUGGGAUUAUCACCUGAAGAGGAUUGAAUCGUUUUGUGCCAUCGAGGGAAUACCGAUGUGGAAGAUACGUCAUCAUACUGCUCUGUGCAGAAAUCAGUCUACAAUUACCUCAAUGGCAUCGCUGGCACUGUGCGGCAUAAUGCCGGGAAUGAUUGUGGCGUCGGAAGACAAAAUGAUGUUUAACCGCUCCUUCGAACAAGGUUUCGCUCAAAAUGCAAAUGCAAAACACGAUUCACCCAAGCCAAAUAAGGCCACUAGUAACUCUGAUGGUGUUACCGUCAGCGAACCAUCAGGCCUAUUUAAACACCACACUAUACCAGUUUUUAAUCUUGACAAUAUGAAUGAAAGCGGGGACGAGGACGACAACGAAGGGCCCCUAAAUCUCGACACUGGAAAUAACUCGAGUGUGAGUACGUAUAUCCUCGGAAGUACGUUCAAGACGUUGCAUCACUCCAUCCAGUCGGAUACGGGUCAUAGCAUCCUGAUUAUUUCCAGUGAAAGCCAUGCUUCUCAGAAGCGCGCGUCGGUUGGCAACAAAGAAAUGCAACCCCUGCUUGAACAUCAGACUUCGGAAGAUUCAGACGAAUACGGCGGUACUGUCGAUCACGAGGUCGAUCAUAUAGAACCGUUCAAUAACAGCAACAUAUCUAAAGCCUCAUAUACGGUAUUAAACGACAUUGUGUGA